AUGCUCGUCUCGAUCCUCGUCGAGCUGACCCUGGCUGUUACGGUGGCUGCCUCGCCGUUGACGGCGCACCCUGUCGCUCGAACCACAGCAGCGACUGCCAAUCCAACCACGAGUCUCUACAAGGACAAUGAUCUUUGCCUAAACAACACGCAGAAUGUCGUCUUGGCGAUAGUCAGCAGCAUUAGCAAAACGCAGCUCAAGAAGCAGAUUCGGGAGGAAUGCAAAAAGAAGCCCAAGUGUCCUGCGGGCCAGAUAUGGACUGAAAAAGACAAGAAGUGCAAGAGCCCGUGCCUACCAAAAGAGUCGGCGCAGAAAUGCAAGGACAAAGGUGGAAGUCCUGUCUGUGCGAAGACUCCGAAGGAAUACUGUGACUAUGCAAGUCUGUUCCAAUGUCACCUCGGUUUCGGCGUUGAAAUAACCACCGAGGCCGAAUAUGAUGUCGACGACCAUCCGACAAUUUCGCUCGCCAAGAAGACGUUGCAUGUAUCAGUGCUCAUUGUCAUCAGUAAUCAACUGCACUACCCAUGCUCCCAUUGCAAACGUGGGGGCGUCACCUGUUUGUACCCACAUGCCGAGCACCUGCGGCGGGCCCGCAAGCCCAAGACAACCAUGGCCGAUGUGGCCACCCGCAUCUCGGAGCUGGAGCGCACUCUCGUCUCCGUAUCGAACCAGACCGCACCGGCAGAGACAGUAACCUCCCGGUCGAAACCAUGUGACACGCUCGGGACAGAGGGCCUGCAUUCAGGGUCGAGCAGUGAGCAAGACAGAGGCCCGGGUGUCCUCGUUCAGAAAGGAUUAUCGAGUCAAUAUUUCAACGAGAUAUUGAUUUCACGGGUUCUCGACGAGGCUUACGUUGACCAGGUUGAGCCCUGCACCAAAGUCCUUCACAUACCCACUGCCGAGGUUCUCGUAUACACGGUUAUCGACAAGCCGAGCGAGUGCAGUCCAGGAAUGUUGGCCCUCUGUUUUGCCAUUUUAUUUGCUGCUGCCACGGUAUACGACCAAGACGAAGCUGUUGGUGUACUUGGCGAUGACCCCGUCGCAAGUCUGCAGCUCUUGAAGACUGGCCUCGAGCAGGCUAUUGCCCACGCCGACUUUCUCGAGAGUCCCACUGUCACCACUAUACAGGCACUCGCGAUAUAUUUGUCCAUCGGCCUGCAUCGCGACGGUAAAUUGCUGGGACUGUCGCCCUUCGAAUCUGAAAUCAGGCGGAGGCUCUGGUGGUAUAUUGUCUGCCGAGAUGGUCGAGCUGCAGAAGAUUACGGUCUCGAAAACAUGCGGCGAAUGCCCCCUGGGUGUGCCGCCAGUAUCGACAUGCCGCUCAACGUCCACGACAGUGAUCUUUACCCUGAAAUGGACGAGCUUCCGCCGAAUCGACCCGGCUGGACCGCCAUGACGCUCUCUUUAAUCGGCAUCGCGACAGUACUCGGAUGGCAUGAAAACGCCCAGUCAACCCCAACAGCCAGAGAUGGCACUCGCAGCCAGGUCAUCCAGGAUAUCAGAGCACGCGCAAAGGGAUAUCUGAGUCGCUGCAACCCCGUGAUCCCACAACAGCGACUGACCAUGCACAUCGCGGACUUCGUUCUUCGCAAGCUGGAGCUCGUCACGCGGCAGCGGAUGCAGAUGCAUGCGCAGCCCGGCGCCCACGAGGCUUUCGCCACGGAGGAAAAUCUCCUCGAGGCCGUGGAGAUACUCGAACUCGGCGCCACCAUGAUGACCGACGAUCGGCUGAGGCCCUGGCAAUGGUCGAUGCGCCUGUACCCGCAAAACCACAUGCUGCUGUAUGUACUCUGGCACUUGUGCGUGUGCCCAGAUGGGCCGAACCGAGACCGCAUCUGGCAGGCGGUGGAGACGGUGUUCAGCGACACGGAAGCCACACGAGCGGGGAGCGUAGGCGCUGGGGAUUUGGGCUCGCGAUGGGCUGUCCUCACAGUACUGAAGGAGAAGGCCUUCGCAAAGAGGGCCGGCAAGACGGCGGCCAGCGGGGCUACGAGGGCGCAGGAUCAGAUACAAGUGGCGACGCCGGGUGGAAUGGAUGCCGUGGGCGUCUUCACGCAAAUGGGUAAUUUUGACUGGGUGGACGACCUGCAGGUUCUACCAGACUGGACGACAUUGAUGAAGGAUUUUCAGAUGGAGAACACUUUCAAAUUUGGGGUUUGA